GCCCGGGGUCGGAGGCAGAGGGCGGGGCGUCGGCCUGCCCGGGAGGACCCGCUUUUGUUCCGCGGAGCUGCUGGCCCGAGGCGGCUAUUGUCUUGCGCCCCUGGCUGGGCUGCGUCAGGCUGGGGCCAGGGCUGGGCGGGUGGCGGUGUGAGCGCAGUGCCCCCGGGUGUGCAGGACGGGCCGCAGAGCCUCUAGAGCCUAUCCCCGGGGCCUGGGGGGCCGGGACCCCUGGCAGUUUGACCCUCCUCUUGGAACCGGCCCGGACCGAAUGGACGCUUCCUGGCCAGCGCCCAGGACAGGUGCCUAGGGACCCGGGUGGAGAGCCAGGGCCUUCCUGAGCAGCUUCUGUCUGUGCAGGAAGGAGGCUGAAGUCUGAAGAGGGAAGCCCGGGUAGGCCUUCUGCUCCCUGAGAGGGUUCCUCCUCUCCCCUCCGCACCCCCUGCGCCGGCUCUGACUCCCGGGACCUGCAAAGGAGCUUCCGGAGCUUUAAUGGAAGUCUUCUCUGCCUCCGAGGCGCACGUGAUGGGAGGGGUAGAGACAGGCCCUGCCCACUAAUGGAUGCUAGAGGGGAUCUCUAAGGAAAAUGGGGUCCUCCCCCUCUCAGCAUUGAGGUGGGGGGAGGCAUAGGCAGUCCGCCCUCUGCUCAGAGCAGUCCUGGGUUCAGUAACAGGCAGGGAAACUGACUUGAACAGAGGAGAGACCAGCCAAGACCCUCUGUGGUGGGAGGCAGGUCUCCCACACACCUGCCUACCUGGGCAGCCAGGCCCCUGCCUGUCGUACGUCCCUGGCGUGGCCCCCAGGGUCUGGCCCUCAGAGAUGGAGGGACCAGUUUUUGGAAAAUCCAUGGUCACAGUGUGUCUGAUGACCCUGAGCUGAGCUUGGGGAAGCUGAGGUGGAUGACAGUCAGCCCUGCUUUCCCACCCCAAGCUUGCUCCCCCAGCUUGGCUUUUUGGCUUCUCUGCCUGGGGCCACGCCCUGGCAGGUGUACUGCUGUGUGGAGGAGUAAGCUCCAGGUCCUGGAGACUGGUCAGAGGCUGUGGCACCAAGGGAAAGGGCAUUUUGUGGUGGCCAAGGGCUUGCUGCCUGGUGGGAGAUGCCAGCCUGGCUUGUCCUGGAGUCUACCUGGGAGGGCCAUAAUGGGGAUGGGAGGAGAUUCAUUCAUUCAUCCAUCUGACAGCAGCCACUUCCUGCCCUCUGGGAGCCUGGCCUGCAGGUGUGGGAUCCAGGUGUGCAAUCUCACCUUAACUCAUUCUGUGUGUGCUAGCCAGGCCUUGGACAGGGGAGGGGCCUACCCCUGCAGUCUGUUCUUGAGGACGCAGACCGUGGUUGUGCAUCUGUGAAGUCCGGUGGUUUGGGUAGAUAAGUACUAUGGGACCAGGGCCCAGCCACCUGUGCCCCAGCAUCCCUCUGUGUGUUGGUCCAAUCUUGCUUUUCUGCUCCCUGUGUUCCUUGCAUUUUGCCACAAAGGUGGGACUGGUGCUACCCAGUGUGUCCCACGACCCCAGCCCCCUCUGUCUUUCCCACCUCCCUGUGAAGAAGCUGAGCCCCAGGUGCGUGAUGGGGCCCAGAGCCCCUGUGCUGGGCUCAGCCCUGUGUUCCUGGGACCCUCUUGUGAGCAGGGGUAGGUGGUCUACCUCCCUGGCCACUCUGACCCCUCCCACAAGCCCAAGGGAGCUCAUGGGAAACCCCACGCCUGGGCAGCAGCCUGUUUCCAGGCCAGUCCUGGGGGCCCCAGACCUGGUGCACCAGAGAUUGAAGAGCCAAGGGAGGGAUGAGUGCUGGGAGGCUGGGCGGGGUGCAAGAGGAGCAAGGAUGGGGCCCCGGCUGGGGAGGGGGUGAUAAGAGACGACUGACAGGAUGCAGCAUGUGGGGUUGGGCUGGAGGUGGGGUGUUCAGGGUAGAGUCCAUGUCUAGGGUACAGAGGGGAACAGCCCAGAGUUGGGUCUGAGGCAGAGGCUGUGUGGGGCUGCAGGGCCAGGGUCCCUGAGAGUGGGCCAGCCUGGGCAGGUGCACCUCAGACAUGGACACUGGGGCCAGACAGGGAUCCAGGGACUGCAGCCAACUCCUCUGUUGAGAGUCAGCCCACCAUUCCACAGCCCCAACCUGAAGAUGUUGCAGAGACCUGAGGCACCAGAUGGCUAUGGGCCUCUCACUACUCUACACCUCAGUUUCUCCAUCUGCCAGCCAGCUCCGAGACUCCCAGAGUGGAUGUUGGGGAGGUGAUUGGCAGUUGGUGGCCCCUGUCCCUGUGUGUUGAGAGUCUGUGAGGCCCUGCAUGGAUAAGGGUCUCCGAUACACGGUGGAGGAUGGGAGGAUGUGUGCUCACAAGUGUGCUUCUGGGAACAAUGGGCACUGUGCCCUUGGGGUGCUGUUAGAGCACACAGGUUGAUGUGCUUGGCCUGUGCUGGGCUGGGUGCUCACACACGUGCAUGUACGUGCAUGUGUCCCUGUCUGAGGGGUCAUGUAUAUGCAUGUGUGUGUGCCUGGGCAUGUGUAGCGGGGGCCUGGCUUUUCUGUGAUCACUGGCUGACUCAUGCUCCUGCCACCCGGGUGAAGUCAUUGCUCGUUUUUAGCUCCCUGAGGUCAUUUGCCAGCAGGGACUCUUGGGGCCUCUGGAUCUUACUGCGGGGCUGCUAGGCUGGGGCUGAUGGGUGGUGCUGCAGGGUUGCCAGGUCUUGCUGGGGGGCGUGGCUCUCCUGGACCACCCCAGCUCUGCCUGUCAGACCCUCACCACAGCCUUGGUGGGAGGGAUAAGCUGGGCCACAGAGUGGCAUCAGGGUCCUGAGAUGUCCUCCCCUUUUCCUUUCCCCCUUACCCCCACUGCCUAGCUAGGGAAGAGCGGGCUUUUCUCUGAGUCUUUAAUAGAUGUAAAUAUAUACACAUAUGAGGGGCUACAUCCCACUGGCAGUGUCCUGGGUAACGUCCCCUCAGUGUUGCUUCAUACCCUCCUCACUCUGUCGCCAGAACUGCAGCCCCUCAGUGCCUGGGCCCCUGCUUGAACUCUGAUGAGCCCCCCAAGGGCCCAGCAGAGAGAGCUCAGGGCCUGACACACAUUUGCCAGGUACCAAUGGGGCAGCCCAGCCCCAGCAGUGAUGGGCCACACAAGUCUUCUCCUGCUUCACAUCAGUCCCAGCUCCCCAGUGCCUUUGGAGAAGAGCCCAGUCUGCCCUGCCUGGCAGCAUGCCAGUUGUCCCCACUCUAGGCCUCAGUCUAUUUCUUUUUCCCAGGGAACAGGUCCCCUUUUCCUAGCCCGAUCCGCAGCAGGCAUUCCACCUACAUCUCAAGACUGAGGGCGGGAUGAGGCCCAAAGCCUUCCUUGCCAGAUUGCCUUCUGUGGGGGUGCUUGAAAUCCCACUUGGACUGUGAAGUUCUUCGAGCAGAGCCCAGGCAGCCAGGCCCCACUGGCCACAAUGCCGGAGGCACCUGAUGUGCUGGAGGAGACCGUGACAGUGGAGGAGGACCCUGGCACACCCACUUCCCAUGUGUCUAUUGUCACAUCCGAAGAUGGCACGACCCGGCGCACCGAGACCAAGGUCACCAAGACUGUGAAGACGGUGACCACUCGGACAGUACGCCAGGUGCCCGUGGGCCCAGACGGACUCCCCCUGCUGGAUGGCGGCCCCCCACUAGGCCCUUUUGCAGAUGGUGCCCUGGACCGGCAUUUCCUGCUGCGUGGUGGUGGCCCAGUGGCCACACUCUCUCGAGCCUACCUCAGCAGCGGGGGUGGCUUUCCCGAAGGCCCCGAGCCCCGGGACAGCCCCAGCUAUGGCAGCCUGUCCCGAGGGCUGGGCGUGCGGCCCCCACGUGCUGGCCCCCUUGGCCCAGGCCCUGGUGAUGGCUGCUUCACACUGCCUGGCCACCGGGAAGCUUUCCCGGUGGGUCCUGAGCCUGGGCCACCAGGUGGCCGCUCCCUGCCUGAGCGCUUCCAGGCAGAGCCGUAUGGCUUGGAGGAUGACACACGCAGCCUGGCCGCUGAUGACGAGGGUGGCCCUGAGCUGGAGCCUGACUAUGACACGGCCACGAGGAGGAGGCCUGAGUGUGGGCGGGGCCUUCAUACCAGGGCCUACGAGGACGCAGCAGAUGAUGGCGGCGAGCUGACGGAUGAGCGGCCUACGUUCCCAACGGUGACGGCGCCCCUGGCCCAGCCUGAACGGGGCAGCCUGGGCAGCCUGGACCGGCUGGUGCGGCGUUCGCCCUCAGUGGAUAGCGCCCGCAAGGAACCGCGCUGGCGGGACCCUGAGCUGCCUGAGGUGCUGGCCAUGCUGCGGCACCCCGUGGACCCCGUGAAGGCCAAUGCGGCCGCCUACCUGCAGCAUCUGUGCUUUGAGAACGAGGGUGUCAAGCGGCGUGUACGGCAGUUGCGGGGGCUGCCGCUGCUUGUGGCACUGCUGGACCACCCGCGGGCUGAGGUGCGGCGCCGGGCCUGUGGGGCACUGCGCAACCUCUCCUAUGGCCGCGACACUGACAACAAGGCCGCCAUCCGGGACUGUGGUGGUGUGCCUGCCCUGGUGCGCCUGCUGCGGGCCGCCCGGGACAACGAGGUCCGCGAGCUUGUCACUGGCACCCUGUGGAACCUGUCAUCCUAUGAGCCCCUGAAGAUGGCCAUCAUUGACCAUGGCCUGCAGACGCUGACCCACGAGGUGAUCGUGCCCCACUCAGGAUGGGAGCGUGAGCCCAACGAGGACUCCAAGCCACGGGACGCCGAGUGGACAACUGUCUUCAAGAACACGUCGGGCUGCCUGAGGAAUGUGAGCUCCGAUGGUGCUGAGGCCCGGCGGCGACUCCGGGAGUGUGAAGGGCUGGUGGACGCACUUCUGCAUGCCCUGCAGUCGGCUGUGGGCCGAAAGGACACUGACAACAAGUCGGUGGAGAACUGCGUGUGCAUCAUGCGGAACCUGUCCUACCACGUGCACAAGGAGGUGCCCGGGGCCGACAGGUACCAGGAGGCCGAGCCCGGGCCCCUGGGCAGUGCUGUAGGCUCCCAGCGCCGGAGGCGGGAUGAUGCCAGCUGCUUUGGUGGCAAGAAGGCCAAAGAGGAGUGGUUCCACCAAGCAAAGAAGGAUGGUGAGAUGGACCGGAACUUUGACACGCUAGACCUGCCCAAGCGAACUGAGACCGCCAAAGGCUUUGAGCUGCUGUACCAGCCCGAGGUGGUACGUCUCUACCUCUCCCUCCUCACGGAGAGCCGGAACUUCAACACCCUGGAGGCUGCCGCCGGCGCUCUGCAGAACCUCAGUGCCGGCAACUGGAUGUGGGCCACAUACAUCCGCGCCACAGUGCGCAAAGAGCGCGGGCUGCCAGUGCUUGUGGAACUGCUGCAGUCUGAGACCGACAAGGUGGUGCGCGCCGUCGCCAUCGCUCUGCGCAACCUCUCGCUGGACCAACGCAACAAAGACCUCAUCGGGAGCUACGCCAUGGCCGAGCUUGUGCGGAAUGUGCGGAAUGCACAGGCUCCGCCGCGACCGGGGGCCCGCCUGGAGGAAGACACCGUGGUGGCGGUGCUCAACACCAUCCACGAAAUCGUGUCCGACAGCCUGGAUAACGCGCGCUCACUCCUGCAGGCACGCGGGGUGCCAGCGUUGGUGGCUCUCGUCGCCUCCAGCCAAUCGGUACGCGAGGCGAAGGCGGCGUCACACGUGCUGCAGACAGUGUGGAGCUACAAGGAGCUGCGUGGUACCCUGCAGAAAGAUGGUUGGACCAAGGCGCGCUUCCAGUCAGCUGCUGCUACUGCCAAGGGGCCUAAGGGAACACCAAGUCCUGGGGGCUUUGAUGACAGCACGCUGCCACUGGUGGACAAGAGCGUUGAGGGCGAGAAAACUGGCAGCCGGGAUGUGAUCCCCAUGGACACGCUUGGCCCAGACGGAUACUCCACGGUGGACUGGAGGGAGCGGAGGCCACGGGGCACCAGCUCUGCAGGAGAGGCCUCUGAGAAGGAACCCUUGAAACUUGACCCCAGCAGGAAGGCCCCUCCCCCCGGGCCCAGCAGGCCCGCGGUCAGGCUGGUGGACGCCGUGGGGGACGCUAAGCCUCAGCCCGUUGACUCCUGGGUCUAGCUUGCAUGCCUGGGCCCAGGCCCAGCCUCCUGUUCUUAGGGCUUGGAUCGUGGAAGAAGGGCCACCCUGAGCAGAUCGUGCCGUGGAGCUUGGAGCCCCCUGGCGGCAGGGGUUGGCAGCGCCUCGCCCCAGCCAAGCCUGACUUUGGGGACACCCUCCUGCCCCCCCACCCCACUCCCCCCAUCCUACCUAACUCCCUAGGCCUGAGUUAGCUGUUUACUGACAUGGUGCUGUGUGUGAGCGAGUGACAGAAGGCCCGAGGAGGCCGACUGGGCUGCUGGGGCAGGGCCCAGGGAGGUGGCAGGGAAGGGUGCCUGGCUGGGCUUUGGGGCUGGUGGGUUAGGAGGGUGCCCCAGGAACACAGUGCCCCAGUGGUGCGGGCCAGGUCUGGCGCCAGGGGCAAGCGGCUAGGCAGGGAGGGGGCUGGGAAAGAACUUGGACUCCUAAAGGUGGAGCGGCUCCCUGGGCACCCUGCAGCCAGGCAGACCACAGUGUGGGGGGUGCCCCACAAGGCCCAGCCCUGGGCAAGGAAGCUUUGGAAGCAGCAAGGUGGGGGUCAGGCUACAGGUGCCGCAUCUCCCCAGAGCCCUGCAGUCAUGCAAGGCCCCUGUGCAGUAGAGAGCCCUUCUCUAGCCGAUGCUGGCUGGGGCCGGGGCCGCGGCGUCUGCCUGGAGCCCGGGCAGCACCUCCGGUACUGACCUUCGGCAGUGGCUUGGGGACUGCUUUCAGUGCCUGCUGUUCGUGACUCAGAAACAGAAGAAAAUCACUGAGAAAAAGCAUUAAAAAUAAGCCAAAAUAAGACUAUUGGUAAACAUCUAAAUUUUUGUAAGAAAAUUUAAAAAUUAAAGCAGCAAAGGAACUUUUUGCUUUCUGCCACUCA